CUCCUCGCGCCAUUUUGUUUUCAGCAUAUUUUUGUUUCUUAUUUGAUGCUGCGAAAUUAAAGGUUAGUUUAAAGGACGAUCCGAUAGGAAAACAGAUUCGCACGUAAAUAAGCACAGCAACAACAACAACCAUGACAUUUCCUUAUACUUAGAAGAUGAAUUCUGCUGAAGAAGGAGAGUACAUUAUCAAGGGAACAUAAAGAACAACAACGAAAGAUUAUGGAAAAAUAUACGGAGGAGCAAGUGAAGGAGGCUACGUCUUUCGCCGAAUUCUACAUCGACUUGAUCGAGAAUCAUCGGGAUUCAUUUUCUUAUUAUUUGUCGGACAACGCCAUACUCGAUUGGUUCGGGCAAACAGUUAAAGGCGAGAAGAAUAUCAAAGUUUUUCUCAAGAACCACGUUAAUAAGAUCAAACACAUCUUUCCUAACAUCGAACCAUGUUCAAAAAUUGGCUACAGAGACACGCAUGUCGUUAAAUACAUUCCACGAGAAUCAAAGAAUACUGUGACUGAAACGAUCGACAAUGAAGAGAAAACGCCACCCAAUAAAGCGUUGUUGAGCCCUGGUGGCUCGCGAAAGAGGGAGAAGGGUCAAGGCGAUGGUCUUCACAACUGUUCUGAUACUCCGACGAAAAGGACGCGACUCAACGAUACCGAGGACGACGAUCCAUCGGUUCCGGACGUACAGAUAACCAACAUCACGUCGGACGGUUACAUAGAGUUUUACCGUAAGAGUUCGAAAAAAUUCCAAAACGAAACGAAGUGGUCGCGCCCUUGCAAGUUCCAAGUAGCUUUCUCGCAAGUGCCAAGUGGUUAUCUGAUACAUCUGAUGAUAUAUCAGGGGACAGUGAAAUGCAAACGAAACUUGCUCAAACAAUUCGAUUCCGUCGAAAGUGGCGAAUGAUUCCUUGUAUUACACCCUACGUUGUGCAAUUUGUUUCUUGCUAUACUAGUAUUGUUUAAUUACUGAAAAAAAAUCAGUUAUUACAGUUUUUGUUUAAAUUGUAUCAGAACGAAUCGAAAUAUUGUACGAUAUUAAUUAAUUGAU